AUGCAACCGAUAAAAUCGUUUUACUAUUUUUCCAAACUGUUCGGCCUGUGCCCGUUUCCGCUCGAUGCGACCGCGCCGGUCAACACGCGCGCCUCCUACGUGAAGCAGCUGCUCCCGACCUACGCCGUGCUGGUGCUCUACUCGACCUGCCUGGUCAGCAUCUUCUGGCAGAGCGGCAACACGUCCGACAUCUCCAACGCCGCUAAUUGGAUCCAGUUUAUUCCCAACUCCUUUGCGUACAUUUUCUCACUCGUGUUCGCUAUCCGUCACCGGUCGCAGACAAACGAGGUCCUGACCACCUUCGCCAUGUGUGACGACAAGCUUCGAUCACUGUUCGGCAUAUCGUUCACCAUGCCCAACGUCAAAAUGCGACGUGUUUCCAUUCUGGCCUGCAUCGUCACCAUGACCUGUGGCAGCACCAUCGGAGCGCUAACGUAUUUGAUCGGAGUUAAUUGGAACCGAAUAUGGACGCUGCUUUAUUGGAUCGCCUUCUGUAUGCCGAAGUUCGGAUUGCUGCUGUUCAGUUUCCAGUUCGCCGGCUGCAUCCUGUACCUGUCGGAUCGAGCGAUGUUGCUGCUGCGUGGCAUGAACAAUUUUCCGGUCGGUGUGGAAAAUCUGACCCUCCAGCCGCAACCGCACGGGCACGCGCAGUACAAAGCGCUCAACAUGACCAUGGGCGGACCGCACCACGGCAGCAUCCACGAGGGCAAGCUGAACCGGCUGACCACGCUGGCGAACAUCAAAAUCCGCGCCAUCACCCCGCUCGACUCGAUCCAGCACAUCCGCGAGGUGGUGGAGCUGCUGCAGGAGCUGGCGGUGAAAAUAAACCACUGCUUCGGCAAGCAAGCCAUCUUCUCGCUGCUGUCCGCGUUCACGUGCGUCACGGUGCAGCUGUACUACAUGCUGAACCACAUCAAGUCCGGCUUCACGGCGCCCCGCUCCGAGAUCUACGCACUGGCCUCGUGUAGCCUGCUGUUCCUGCACGGCAUCGAGUUCUGGGCCCUGUUCACCAGCGGCGAGCACGUCCGGCUGAAGUGGAAAAAGGUGGUCAAUUUCCUGUUCUUCAUGAAGUCCAAGUCCACCGAUGACGACUUCCGCAGCAAGGCGGACGAUUUGAUUUCCUUCAUGAUGUCCAACCCACUGGAGUUCAACGCGUACGGCCUGUUUCCCAUCGACCUGUCGGUGCUGACCGGGAUUGCCUCCUCCAUCACGACGUAUCUGAUUGUUUUGAUUCAGUUCAAAAUAUCGGAAGAACAGACGAGCGGCUACGAUGACGAUUCGAGCGACAACAGUCAUAUCCAGUACUCCGCUACCUAG